GAAUGAGUUAUGAGCCAUCAACUUCCGGCCUUUACAAAGGACGUAGUAGCUCUUUAAGACGGAGAAGUCAAGAUCCAAGCUACUUGUCUAUUCCGAAUGCAAUUGCAACGCUUCCUUCGGUGCAUAGAUUAUCCGUGGAAAGGUUGCAAUAUGGCACCGAAUCUGGAUGCUUAGAUUUUAAGAAGAGAGUAAAGGAAAUAGCAAUAAAAGCCUGGGAGGAAGAAGAAAAAUUGAAAAGAUCCACAAAUCUCACAAAUAUUCAACCAAACGAAUUCCUUAAUUGCAGAUACCUGCGUUUGUCGAAGAAUAAUAUAGCAACUUUGUUGCAACAGUGCAAAGAUUCAGGAUCUCAGAUUGAUAUCCACCCACAUAUGAAAGACACCGAUAUUGAUAUCAAUGCUCUUAUAUUUCCUGAAAAACAAAAUACCGUGUCUUUCACAGACACGUCUCGUCCCUGAUCCUUAUUUACAGUAACUCAGUAGUAACUGUGAAAAUUCUG